ACGUGUCCACGCCACGUAGAUCAACACAUUACUUUUGAGAAAAAUGUCAGACACGUGGCAGAAGCCCAGGUUAACCACUUGGAAACACAGAUGCCGGCAAGCAAGAAGCAAACAUUGAACAACGGCAGUGCUUUUUGUCUCCUACCUGCUAAGGUCUCUCAGGAAGUCCAACAGAAUCAUUUUUUUCCCCCAGCAUUACCCUGCCUGAGUGAGAAAUCAAGACCGAGUCAAGCAGAUCCUGACAGUACUUUCAAACUGAUAAAAAUCCAAGGAAAAUCCCAUUGAUCAGCCGGCCUGUCAUAUCUACAUUGCCGCCAUUUUCAAAAAUGUUUGUUUUUCCUCUCAUCCAUUUUGAAGACAAAACAAACAUCCCUCAAAUCUCUCUACUGUUAGAAUCCUCGCUUUCUCUCUUGUUCUCUCUCGCGCACACAAAGAAACAAUGAAGAAUACUGAAAAUGAACCGUUUCUGCUCUCAUCAGAUCAAUCUCUCAAGCCAAGAAGACCCAAGUCUCGGGAAGUAAGCUCCAGGUUUCUCUCGCCAACCUCACCUUCACAUAACAAUGGAACCCUAUCUCCAAAUCAAGGUUCCUCAUCACCACUUCGCCCUAAACCCUCCUCUGAUGUUCGAAAGCAUCGGAGCCUUGAUGAUCCUGGAUUCAUUCGAGGCCUUUGGCCUUCUUCGUCGCCUUCACAAUCAUCAAACAACCAAAACAAUCAAGGCACUCUAGCGGAUCAUCUUGGAAAUGCAAGAUUGAAAGAUUUGUUAGACCACAAGAAAGAUGAAAAACCCACGAAGAGUAGCAGUGUGUUUUCACUUGGUAGGCAAAGGAGUAAUGGUACUGUGUUUGGUAGGGUUGAAAAUGAUAAAGAGAAAGGGAGCACAAAAGAAAAUCAUAGACCAAUUCUUGGAGGAUCUGCGAGAUACACCGGGAAAUUUCACUUUCCGGGAAAAUCUUCUUCUUCAUCGUCAUCAUCCUCCUCGAAUUCAUCGUCCAAUAACAAUCCUGUUUAUGUUCCUGGAAGAUUAUCUGUUGAUGAAAAUGCCCUAUAUAAAAAUUCGAAAGAAGUUGGUGCAUCUCGGAGAAAUUCGGAUAUAUUUGAGGAUAAUCUCGAGUCAGAAAUUUCCGAGUGCAGUGAUAAACAUUCAGGAAAUGAUCUUUUUUCUCCAACUUUAGGAAGAAGUUCUAGGAAAUCUGGUGUAGAGGUCUCUUCUAAAUAUAUGAAUGAUAUACCAACAAGGCCACGGAGAUGGACAACGGAUGCUAAUGCUCAAACUGCAGUAUCAUUAGAGUCUUCUCCAAAAAUUAAGAAACUUACAAUGAAGAAUGUGAUCAAGAGAGCUAAUUCACUUACUGGGUAUGGGAGUGCCACAUCCCAGUGGGCCUUGUCACCAGGGCGAUCAGGGUCACCGCCGAUGUCAGGGGAAGUUCGGCUGAUGCAAUGGCGGUAUGCAAAUGUUAGAGCUGCUACUAUGAACUUGAACAUAAAUAAGCAAGUGGAGAACAAUCUGUUAUGGGUGUUGGAUGGUCUUUCAAAGCUUCGACAUUCUGUCGCACAAAGGAGACUAAAGCUUCAGAAGGAAAAGCUCAAGAUGAAGCUAGACUUUGUUCUUCACUCUCAAAUCAAAUUGUUGGAAGCUUGGGGAGACAUGGAAAGGCAGCACUUAUCUUCAGUUUCAAAGACUAAAGAGAGUUUACAUUCUGUUGUUUGCAGAGUUCCCCUCAUUGAAGGAGCAGAGGUUGAUCCACAAUCAGCUUCCAUCGCACUACGACAUGCAUCAGAUCUCUCAGCGUCCAUCAAGUCAGCAUUAUCUUCAUUUUCAUCCACGGCUGAGCAGACUGUUACACUUCUCUCACAAUUAGCAGAGGUGGUUGCACAAGAGAAACUACUAAUGGAAGAAUGCCAUGAACUUCUUCAGACAGUAUCUGCACUACAGAUUCAAGAGAAAAGUUUGAAGUGCUAUAUAAUCCAGUUCAAUUCGAAGCAGCAACAACUGCAGCAGCAAGAACAACAAUCACAGCUACAAGAAACCCCUUCUUAGGCAGAAAUACAGGGAAUUGAAGGAGAAAUUUCUGUAGGUGACUAAAAGGGGAGGCUGUGAUUGAAUAGGGCAUGAUAAAAUGUAAUGUGGAUGUGAUUGUAAGCCACUUCAACUAGCUUCAAGCAAAAGUA